CAUGUGUUGAUGUGUUUUUGUUGAUAUGAGCGUGUUUCUAGUCCUUGUACUCUAGUUUUUGUUUUGAUAUUUAUUUUUGUAGCUGUGAUAAUUUGUGAGGACGACCUAUUGUGUGAUGAAUUCCAUUUUAAAACUGAAUUAUUUCGCACUCUUUAAAAUAAUUUGAGUUGUUUCAUUAUGUUUUUUAAAUUUUUUAAAUGGAAGGACAAAACUUGAGAAUAGUUAGAGCAUUUCGUUUAUUUUUUACUUAAAAGUUUAUUUUAAAACAUUGUUUUAAAUUUUGUUAAUGAUGGAAAAUAACUUUGCAUCUAAAUUAUUUAGCAAAUUACAUGGGAAUAAUAAUGAUGCAAAUAUGUCUAAUAAACAAAUGACUCCCUCGCGUAACUUUGAAGAUUAUUUACCUGAUGGUUCAUGCUUCAGCAGGGUUUUGAAAGUCGAACCACAAUUCCAAUUAAAUACAGAAUCUACAAUAAAAAAGGUCGAGUACAUUGGCAGUUUUCCUGUAUCGGGAAAUGACCAGAAUGAGAGAACAGAAUUUGUCAGAACUCAGCUUAAAGAAAUGAGAAAUACAGGUCCUAAGAAAAGUGUUCUACUUGUUUUAUCAUUGAGUGGAAUAAAAGUUUGUAGCUUGAAUGGAAAGAGUGUAUUGAUGGCUCAUGCACUUAGAAGAAUUUCAUUUGCCACAUGUGACCCAGAACAUCAUCAAUUUUCGUUUCUUGCUCGAGAACCUAAUGGUCACUUCAGUCUUCAGUACUGUCAUUCAUUUCUGGCUGAAGAUCCAAAAACUGCGGAAGAGCUGAGCGGGAUUGUUGGCUCCGCCUUCCGCAUGGCAUACGCUCAGCAGCUGCAACAGACGCCACAUCAGUUGGAGCCCCAACCUGCUCGGAGACGGUCCCCUGGCCCUGUGCUGCUCGGACCGGCUGCUUUGCUCGUCACGUGCAGGGAUGACAGAUCGCCUAAACCUGCAACUAGAGCUUGCUGGGCGAAAAAACUAGUUGGAAAAACGAAGUAUAACGAUUCAGCUGCCAACCAAGACAUGGAAUUGAGCAAUCGAUCUUUCUCAUCCAAUAUAAGUGAAUGCUCUAAUACCAGUCCUCCACUUACUCCAAUGAAUAACUCCAAGUCUAAUCGCUCCACGCCAAACAAUUUGCCAGUGGACUUAUGGUCACCUUUGGGAGGAGGAUGCAGUAGCUGUGAAGAAAAUAAUUCACCUACUGAUGUUAAUUCUUGCAAACACAUUAAAGACAAACCUCCCUUGCUGAAAAACCUAGAAGUGGUCAAAGAAAACAUCUUGGGUGACGAGAAAUUCAACAAAGACAUUAAGAGACCGGCAUCAGGUGGUUACGUAAAUGAAAACACUUCUUGGGGAAAUUCUCAAGCGGCUGCUCCAAAAUUUAACACCAACAUUAAAACUGAUGGAUUUGCUCCUGUAAAAAAAUUUUCACUUGGGAGUAGAAAUCAAGCUCCUACUGCUCCUCCAACUGAUGAAGAAAGUCUUUUGGAAAUGUCUACUGAUCAGAGUAGUAAAAGGUCAUCUAGAUCUUCAUGCGAUCAAUCAGUGCCAUCAUUAUCGUCUUCCUUAUCAGAUACCACUAUUUUGAGUGAGCGAUCAGAUGUGUCUAGUUGCUGCAAAAACAAAAAAGUCAAUCAUAAUGGUAGUGCAUCUAGUAUUACACCACCACCUCCCCCAGAAAGACACGAUUCCUUGUAUAUUGCCGUAACAGAAGAAAGAGAGUUACGAGUCGCUCCAUGGUUUCAAGCUGGAAUUCCAAGAGAAAUCGCUCUUGAAGUUCUUGCCCAAGAGCCAGUUGGUUCAUUCAUGGUUCGUGAAAGCACUAGCAAACCUGGCUGUUUUGCUCUAUCAUUACGUGUGCCAAGAGAUUUUCAUCAAACCGGAAUAGCACAUUACCUGAUCAUGCGAACCAAUCGAGGCUAUAAGAUUAAGGGUUUUACUAAAGAAUUCAGUACAUUAACAGCCCUAAUUACCCAUCACUCAGUCAUGCCAGAAUUGUUACCAUGCCCAUUGUCCCUUUCUCGAUACAACCCAUCUUUUAGAAGGCAAGAUUCUGAAGAUAUGGUUGAUAUGAAUGAAGACCCUGAUUAUAAUUUGCUGUCGGAUUUUCGAAAAAUGUUAGCUGAUGUCAAUGUUUAAUUGUUGUUAAUGGCGGCACAACAAGUGAAGAGGAGAUUUGUGUAUUUUAAUGCAUAUUUUCGCCUUUUCAUAAAAUAUUUAUUUCAUCUUAUGUCUUGCAUCUUAAAGAUGUUUUGCUAUGAGCUUGCUGUUCUACUUAAAUAGUAACUGUAUGAAUGUUAUCCCAUUGUUUCAUGUAGCAUUUCUAAGCCGCUUUUUUGUGUAUUAAAUUUGCUCAUAAAUUAUUUAUAAAAUAUAUAAUUUUAUAAAUAAUUUAUGAGCAAAUUAAUUUUUAAUUAUUCAUUUUGUUUUUAAUAUGAAUUUACAUAUUCAUCCAUAGUUCUUUACAUUUUUAAAUAUUAGUUGUUAUAAUUUAACUAUUCAUAUAUGUUAUUGAAAUCAAAAUUAGGGUUAUUGUUUUUAGUAUCUAUAAGAACAAUUUUCUUUCAUCAGCUGUAUUUUUAAAUUCAUAAAAUGGACUUCCUUUUGAAUAUUUUACUAUCAUGACAAAAGUGGGAGACCCAUACCCUCCAGCAGCUACGGAAUUUCACUAGCUAUUACGGAAAUUUGUUGAAAACAACAGAAUUACGAAUAUACAGUGAAAAACGACAAAACUACGUCGAAAUGACCUUUUACCCGAAUCUUCGUUCGCAACAAUGCGGAUAGUGAAAGUAUUUUUAGCAUGGUUAGAGGAAAGGAUGAAAAAUCUUUUUUCAGCAUGAAUUCAAAAAUACUGUAGUCGCUCCUCAUAAUAUAAAUGAAUUUAGGAGUUGACUGUGAUGUUAAAAUGAGCAAUGAUGAUUUUUAAAAAAGCAAAAGAGAUUGCUAAUCAAUGAAACUUAAAUUGUAAAUGUCUAAUAAAUCGUGUUAAUUUGGUUGAUCUACAAAAUCGUUUUGUGUGAUAUUAAAAAAAUGUCUAUAAUUUUUUUUUAUUAAUUAAAAUUAAAAUAAUUAAAAUUCUUUAAAAAUACCUAUUUUUCAAUAAUUUGUUGAUACAACAUUAUAUGAAACAUAUCGGUAAGAAGUGCUACUGAUGACUGGGUAAUCAUCGUUGGAGGGGAUGGAGACUAAUCCAAACUUUGUCAUUUUCUUCUUACAUACUAUUUUGUGAUGCUCUGUUUGAAGAGUUUUUAAGAAAUUUAAAGUAUGGUACAUUUUGCUGCAAGUUUGUUUCAUAAAUAUCUUAUUGUAUUAUUGUAAAUGUGAUUUUAGGCAUUAAAUGUUGUUCUCAAUGUAUUUGAAAAUUUACUGUAAAUUUGCUACCAAAUUAAUUUUAGUUGUUGAGAAAGUUUUCAGUAUAUUAAGUGUGAUUAGUUUUUGUGUGGAAUUAUAUGUAUUUUAAUCUGAAAAGUACUUUAAAAUUUUAUGGUGUUUUAGAAAGUUUUCAUUAGGUUAAUUAGAAUUUAACUUAGUGUAUUGAAGGUUUUAUGUGCAUUCUUGUUGCAUUUAUUUAUCAAAAUUAAGUAAUAAUAUUCAUCAUUAAAUAAUACUUUUCCUGGCAAAAAGCAUUUUAUUUGUAUUUUUACUUUUUUCAUGUUAGAAUUUUCUACAAAAUAUAUUGAAUAUCAAUUUGUUUGUACUUAAAUCCCAUGAUCAUAUAUUUGCAGCCACAUUAUAUAUCAAAGUACUCUUUUGUUUAAUAAUGAAAGAAACAUUUUUUACAUAUUAAUUUUUAUUAUGGUUGUGCAUAAAAGAUUUUAAAUGGAGUAAAAAAAUCUUUUUAUAAUACUAGAGACAAUAUUCUAUCCUUAGAUGUGCAAAAAAUUAGAUUGGCGUGUAAUACUCAGUUCUAUUUUAAGCAGCUGAAUGAAAAAAAAUAUUAACAUUUUAUUGUAGUGACUAUUAAUUUAAGAGAUUCUACUAAAAUUAACAGAUUAAGAAGUUUAUUCGAAAGCCUUUUGUGAUAAUUUAGAAUUGUAGUUAAGGUAAUUGUCUUCCUAGUUUUUCUAUGAACCUUAAUGAAUAUUUUUGAAAGUGUCACUGCUUUGACACACUCAAAUUUUCCAAAAACUUAGUUUAGUUAGAAAUGGUUUAGUUUAAGAAAAAGACAAAAUAUAUAUAUAUUUUCUUGCAUGUAUUUAUUUAGAAUUAACAAGCAAGAUUUUCUGACUUCAGAAGAUAUUUUGCAAUGUGAAUUAAUUAAAUUUAUAAAACAUUUUAAAUAGAAUUUUCAAGCAUUACAUUAUGAAGCACAAUAUUUUUUGUCUAUGCAUAACUGAUUAGAUUUUUCUAAGAAAUUUUUUCAAGGUUUAAUUAAUUUAUCAUUUUCAGUUCGUUAAAAAAUAGUGAAUGUUAUUCUAUGUAUUCCAAAAUGUAUCAUCAGAUCCCAAUUUGGUUUUGAAAUAUAUCGCAGACUUGCAAGAUUUUACAGUUAGGUUUCUUAGAUUUCCCCUGCAUUAGAUUUUCCUUUUGAAAAUGUUUUCCUCUCGUUAGACUUUUCCUAGGCGAAAGUUUCCUCCUGCUUAUUUAAUCUUUUGGAUUCGAGAUCUAUCUCAUUUUUAUCGUUUGUAAUUACUGUUAUGGAAAAAAUUUUCAAUUCUGUCAUUUAAAUUCGAAAGUCUUCUGCAGUACAGUUGUAAAGCCUUACCAGUAUUUUGUAAUUUUUACCAACAUUUUUUGUUUCUCAGUGUUAUGAAAUUAUAGACAAAAUUUAUAGAAAGGAUAUCAAACACAUUCGAAUUAAUUAUAUCUAUAGCUGUAUAAACAGUAUGAGGAUUUGAAAUAUUUUUAUUUCAGUUUUCGUGGGAUUACUAUUUAAUUAUAAUAAAAUUAUCAUUAGUAGUUAUUUUUUAUGUAUAUUCUUUAAAGUGGCAUUAAAUCUACGUUUUUGCGAAACUUUUAUAAACUGUUAUUGCGGGCAAUCAGUAGCUUUGAAUAGAUGAUCACAAAAUUUUUUUAAAGAGAUAUUUUCGAAUAAAUUUUUUCAUUUCGUAUUUGGUUUCAGUUAUUUGUAAAACAUCUAAAAAAUAUUAAGUUUUUAUAUUUUACUCUAUUUUGUAUUUCAUCGUCAGAUUCUACUCACUUAUAGAUUUCAAUAAAUGCGGAAUUUUUUUAUCUCCCUCCCCCCUCUGUGCAUAGAACGUAGUAUAAAGUACUUGUUCAUAUCUCCCAUUCAAAAUGAAUGUGCAUUUUCUUAAAUAUUGUAUUCAGAUAUUUUUAGUUGAAGCGGAAUUAUCAAUCGUUGAUGAGACAGAAUAUUUCACUUUUUAAAUUAUAAGUUUAAUAUAUUUUAUUAUAAUUUUUUCCACAUUAUUGUUUAUUACAUUAAUGGAUACGAGAUUCUCUGCAUUUUGAGGUAUGUAUUUGAGAAUUAUUUUGUAAAUGUAUUUGAUCGGAUUACCUUGGUUUUAAAAACCAAACAUUCUAGCUUUGAAAAUACCGAUUCUAAAAUACUUAAGCAUGGAUAUUGCAGCUGCGUUUCAGAUUUUUAUAUACAUUUUGUAUUUUCUGAAGCAACUGUAUGCUCCAAAAAUCCUUUAAACCUAUAUUCUAAUUACUUAAGAGAAUUAAGUUUACAUCUAAUGGCAGUCUGUAUAAAAAAAUUUGGUGCUAAUAUAUUUAUUUAGUUUGAAUAUGAAAGUUCUUUAUUAACAUUUGCAUAUUGUGGUGUAUUUUCUUUUUUUCUUAUUACUCUGAAAACUUAAUUUCGUUUCUGAAUUGCUGCAGUGUAUGGAAUUUCAUUUUCAUUUUUUGACACACUACAAUAUAUUGUGCAUAUAAAUUUUUUUAAUGGCGAUUUUCAUCUUUUCUUCCUUUUAUUUUAUUUUUGCCCUUUAAAUUAGUUUUGUUGUUUUAUAGACUAUUUUUCAGAAUGCUGGAAAUUAUUCUUUGAUGCCCCUGAAAAAUUUAUACCCUGAAACAAUAUAAUAUAAUCUUUAAGAGUUAAUCCUCGUCUUCCUUAUUAUAUCAGUUUUUUUCAAAAUAUUCUGUUUAAAGAUUCUAAAAAAAUAUGCGAAGUUUUGCUUUUUUAUAGUUUAAUUAUAUUUCCGAUUAAAAAUAAUUUAAAUUUGUUCUAAUUCUUUUGAUAUCUUGAUUUUUUUUCUUUUAUUAGAAUGAAGAAUUAAAAAAAGCGCGCCUUUGGGGUAAUGUUCUUUUGAACAUCAUAUUUUUUUUCUAUUGAUGCCAACUCUGAUUUUUAGAAUUGAAUUUUAUACAAAAAUUGGAGUAUACUCUGAGUUCUUCGUUUGUUGUUUUCUGUAGAGUCAGUCUUUUGAAGAUCUCGCCAUUUGAAAGGGUUUUGUGUUUAUUGUGGACAUUGAAUGGAUAGUUUUACAAAGUAGUUUUCUCUGAUAUAAUCUGUGAUACUUAUAUUCAAGAUGGAUUCCACGUUGUCAGAAAACUGAUAUAUCGAGGAUGAAAAGCUUUAAUAUCUGUGGUGCAAUGCAAAAAAAAUAUUUAAAAAUGCAUAACAAUGUAUAUCGAGGGAAAAUUAUAUAUUUUGAGUAUAUCUUUCUGUAUUUUUUGUAUUAUGAUUUGAUAUCAAAACUGCAAUAUUUGUACAUUAUAAACAGAGAGCAAUAUUGUUUGAUUUUUUGAAAUUUGAUUUUAUUCGUAAACAAUUACGAUAAGUUGUAAUAACUAAUUUAAAUAUUUGAUGUGUAGUAUUAAUAUUUUUUUUGGCAUAUUUUCAUUUAUCAUUGUGCAUUCUAUGAACUGUGGAUUGUUCAGUGACUUUGUACUAAAUUUUCAGAAGUUUAAAUUGCUAUAAAAAUCGGGAUGAGUAUAAAAAUGUUGGCAUUUUUUAAAAAUGUAGUUAUUCAUUUUAUGUAUGUAUGUAUGAAUGAUUUUUAUCUUGUAAAUGUCGUCUGUUACUAUUUUUGUUAUUUAUGUUUUGAAACGGUCAUCUAGGUAUAAUAGUUGAAUUCUAUUGGCAAUUAUUGUUUUUCUUUUUGUUUAAUUUUAAUCGAUCAAACUCUGAAUGUUAGAGAUUGUCAUGCAGUUUGGCAACUAAGAUAAGUCUGUGAUUAUUUUUAAUUUUAUUGAUGUAAUGUUUUGUGAAUAUAAAUGUACUAAUAACUGUUUAUCUGUGGCUUGCUAUAUAUAUUGUAAAUGUGAAAAUGUUUUGAAAGAUAAUGUUUCCAUUGAAUUUAAUCUGUUAGUUUCAUGCUUUUUAGUCAUUUCCUAAUUAUUGUAAAAUGACUUAUCAAAAUAUUUGUAUAAAUUAGAAGUUUCAUGUGUGAUGACUUAGGCUGGCUGUAUUAAUUAAUAUAUAUCUAGAACUCUUCCCUUUUCUUAACUUGUAGUCACCUUCAACUAGUCACUAUGAAAUUUCUGGUUGAAUUUUUACUCUCGUAUUGCAAAUGCACUUGAUUGUUUUCUUGCAUGUAUUUCUAAUAUGUAAAUGUUAUUCUUCAAAUAAUGGUUCAUUCAAUGGCUUUUUAACUAAUCUUUAAGCAAAACCUUUUGUCGUAGACUAUAUACUAAGUAUUUGCUGUUAAUUUUAGUUGUGUCUAUAUGAAAAGUUUGAUUCAUAAAGAUACUUAUGCUAAGAUUCAUGUUUACUGUGUUCUUCUGAGAUGGUAAAUGUUAGAUAAAAAAUGCAGGGUACGCUUUUAGAUUUCUUUUAACUAAUUUGAAUUUGUUUAAAAAGAUUGAAUUAUGUUGUAAAGAAUGUGAGCUAUGUGAUUAGCUCUGUUGUUUUGUGAUAUUACCGUUUUAAAUAAAGUCUACUUAAUAUU